CGAUAUAAUUACUCUACAAACAAAGUUAAUUUAAAGAGUUGAGCGAAUUUUUUUUUCAAGAUUUCGAGCCGAAAAUAAAAUUCCAAAUUAUCAUCACUAAGCAAUGGCUCAUCAUCAACAUCAAUCAUAUGAUAGUUUUCUUACAAAUUAUCAACAUCGUCUUAAAAGUGAUAUCAAUGCUAUUGCCGAUAAUUUUGCCGAAAUAUUUCGUACUGUUCGUAUUGAUGAUAAAAUCCAAUAUUCCAAAUUGGAUGAAUUAUCAUUCGAAGUGAAUAUUCGUGCAGCGAAUUUUAUACGUGCUUGUGAAUCAUUGUUGAAAUUAAUAUGGGAAAUUAAACAAUAUCAAACCAUCAAUGAUUUUCCGUUGAUAAAUGAAUCGAUAACGAAAAAAACUGAAACAAAUAUUCGUAAAUCCAAAGAAAUUGAUCAAGUUUUAAUUGCAUUACGUGAUGAAAUGACUAGUGAAUUGUAUGAUCUUGAAGAUGAAUAUUAUAAUUCUUAUAUUAAAUAUAGUAUUUGAUGAUGAUGAUGAAUAAUAAACAUUUAAUAAAAUAAAAA